UGUGAAUCAAACUUUGUUCUUUUAUCUCCAGCAUUUGAAAUCUGCAGAGAAUGAUCUUUCAACAAGGGAACAGAAGGACCAACAAAUUCAUUUAAAUGAAGAGGAGAAGCAUUUCUAUAGAUGUUCAUUGAGAGAAAAGUCAUACACAGUAUCAUCGUCAUCAUCUGAAACGACAAAAUCAACAACAGCAAAGACAGUGACACAUACAUCACCCUCAUCAAUCCCGUCAUCUUCAUCGACAGAAACAAAAACAACAACAACAAUAGCAAAGACACCAACAUACAUGUCAUCUGCAUCAACAUCGUCAUCCAAAGCGCAAGGAACUACAAAACCAACAACUGCAAAGACAACCAAUUACUCGAAGCAGAAAGAUGACCCCGCAGUUGUGCCCCAAAUAGUUUCAAGAUACUACAAGGUGGAGUGCGAAUUUGAUGCUCAUGAUGGUGAAGUGAAUGCCAUUCGCUGGAGCCCGUCAGGGUUACAAUUUGCUUCAGGGGGUGGAGACAAAACAGUGAAGCUGUGGCGACCUAGUGAAGGAAAAUGGAAGUGUACAGAAACCUUAAUAGGAAGCAAUGCUGGUAUCAUGUCUCUAGAUUUUGACCUUAUGGAAACGUUUAUAGUUGGGGCUGCAAAAGAUGGUGCAAGUCGAGUAUGGGAUAUCAGAGACUUCAUACUAAAGCAAACUUUAUCUGGACAUUAUAAAGAAGUGACCGCAGCCAAAUUCUUGACAGACAGUCAUAAAAUUGUCUCUGGAAGUCACGAUAGGACCAUUAAGAUAUGGGACUUACAACGCGGCUCUUGUAUACACACGAUGGACGCUCUUUCCAGUUGUAAUGACCUUGUGACGAUGAAUGGGACGAACAUCCUCAGUGGACAUUUCGACCACAGAUUGAGAUUCUGGGACACUCGCACGAACAAACCUACCAACGAAGUGUUGCUUCAGGAAAGAGUUACUUCUCUAGACAUAUCUACAGAAAAAAUGACUUUGUUGUGUUCUACCAGAAAUGAUACUUUAGAAGUCUUCGACUUAAGAAAGAACCAGAUAGUUACAGCACUAGAACAUGAUGACUUUAGAGUUCCCUGUGAUUGGUCAAGAGCAGUAUUCAGUCAAGACGCUUCCUAUGCAAUGGCUGGAUCCAGUAACGGGGCAGUAUUUAUCUUCAAUAUCAAAACAGGGAAAGUAGAAGACAUCCUGCAAAAACAUACGAAUCCAGUGGUGGCAUGUUCCUGGCACAGCUCUCUGCUUCUAAGCUGUGAGAAACUUCGUAAAACUAUUUUAUGGAGAAGUGUCGAUCAUUAGCAAAAUAUCUACAAUAUCUUGAAAUGCAGUUUUCUUCAUUAUUC